UAUAAUGAUCAAGACAUAUUUAUACAGCAGAGGAAUUUCAUAUUGGACAGCACUGUUCCAAGUUUGCCACAGUGCAGCCAUAAAUCUAUCCUAUAGGGAGAUAACUAGAGAGACUUGACCCUAAAUUACCUAACCAAGCAAACAAUUCGACUUUCUGACUGACCUUGCUGGCAGGACACACUUUGCUGUCCAGCAGCCGAGCUAAACAUUAUGUACAUCUGGGAUGACAUUUAGCUCAAGGAAACUUGCCAGACAUACUCACAGAUAUAAAUACUGCAACCUUUUACUCAUUAUUUCAAGAAUACAAAGGCAUUUUAUUAUACAAAUAGACAAACUGGAGGGAAUUCAAAGCAGAGGAACCUUUUCUUCUUCAAAGAAUCUUUUUCAGAGAUGGAAGGGAGAGAAAAGCAUGCAUGGUUUGCCUGAGUAAGGUUUGUCCUCUCAUUCCUCCUCUGCACCAUCUGUGCAUCCAUCCACAGACUGUGCAGGCUGUGAGAAUGCAGGAGAAUGAGCAGAAAGUUGCCUCAUUGUUAUCCUGCAGUAUCCACCACAAGGAAUCUCCUGGCUUUGACAUAGUUGCUACACCCAGGGUCACUUUUACACCCACUUGAAGAUUACACUACUACUGAGACAGUGCACUGGAAACUGGUGUACUGUAAAAACAACUUCUGUGCUGGUUACAUUGUGUGGGGGCUAUUGCUGAGCUCUGUAAGCACCCAACUUGUCACAAAAGAAAUGUAAAGCUCUCCAUCUACAAUCCACCCUCCCACCUGCACUGUGUCAAAUCUCAGGAGAGAAAAAUAAUGGUUUCCAAACUGUUGAAAGAGAAAAAUUCAAAGCUGAAAAGAAAUCUCAAAGAAAAGGAACCAUUAGAAGUUGCAAAAGUAGCAGGAGAAUAUUUUAAAGAGGAGUUAUUAGGCUAGGUAAAACUUCCCAGAAGUGAGAUACAGGGAAAAUAUCUGGCAGAAGGACCUCAGUCUUUAUUAAAUUUAUUAGUAUUUAUUUAUUAAAUUCAGAAAUUUAAAGCCAAAUCAGUGGAAGCCCUCAACAGAGCAGCUUCUCAAAGAGCUGGGAUACUCCCCAAUGCUCCUAGGAGAGGGAAGUAAAACUUUUGUCUCACGUUCUUUAAUCUGCCAGUUGCUUCCUUCAGCAAAGGAGUCAGUUUCUCCCCUUUACUACUCCAGGUACUACCUAAUGAAUUUCUUCCAGCAGAGGAGUAGCUGACUGGAAUAUAUUGAUCCUGUCUUGCUUCUUGGCUGGGCAAACUGGCUACUGGGAAAUUCUGCUCUUCAGUAUCUUUCCUUAAAAGUAAGGGCACUACUUCUCUUUUCUUCAGGGCUUCUCAGGCAUGGAAGUGAUCAGGUCCAGGGACCAUCAGCCACAAACACAGCUAAAGUGCUUAGAACCUGGAACAUUUUUCCCCACAGCUCUUCCUGACCUGUAACUGCUUGAGCUGGAACGCCUAGCUGGUAGCUGGAGUAGGGAGAAGGGUUUUUAUAUUCUCUGGAGGCUGAGUGUUUCUUCUAUUGUCAAAAUAGCACUGUUACCACACCCUGUAAAGAUUUCUGUAUGAAGGGUGCAGAAUAUCGAGGUAUAAUGGGUUAUGAUUAUUUUAUGUAACUGCAUCAGAAAAUAGUUUAUUAGUGUGUAUUGGAUUGUGUAUGAAUAUUUUAAUCAAAAUCAGUUUUAUUUUCUAAUACAGGUUACUGAUGAGUCAUACAUUAUUUUUCAGGGCCUAAAAGAUGACUGGGAAAGGUAUAACUGCUGCAAAAUCCCCUUAAAUUUACUGCACUGUGGUCUGAUUUCUCAUUAGAAAACCCCUAGGAGUGUCCAUUCUGAAAAAUAAAUUGUAAAAAUAAAAUGAGAGAAUCAGAAAUCAACUAACCCUCUUAGUAAAUGGGCUCUGUUUAAAAAGAACAGGAUGGAAAAAGUAAUAGCUGAAUAGAAAAAAAACAGUGACCUAGAACCUAGCAUGCCUCUGAUGGGAGAUGAUAAUACCUUAGCUGACUUCACCCCCAUAAAAAUGCUGGAGUUUUUUGCCAGAUCUGGGAGCUAACACAUCACAAGAUAUAAAGAGUUAAGUGACCUGCACUUAGAAGCUGAGGGAUGAAGAAAGGGAGAAAGCUUUAAACAAGAUUUGAAGAUUGUUACCCUUUGAGGCACAGAGAAUUAAACACUUGAUGAUUUAGGGACCAGGACUAACUAGUAAGACCCAAAGGCAAAACUGCUCAAGCAAUGGCUCCAGCCCAGCUACAAGGCAAACCAAUUUGAUUAGGCUUUGCCAAAACACUGUGCAAAUAAACUAAUACAGGGUGUCUAGCUUCAGUUGGGAACUAGGAGAGCUCCCUCCUCUUCAUUCCCACACAGACAUCCAGGGUGGGAGGUGAUCUCAUCAGAUACUGUGUAACUCUGCCCAUAGGCUUCAAGGCAGGAACUGUAGGUGAUCUCAUUCUAAGAUGCUCUGUAGCACAUUACAGUCUUAGGGUCCAUUCUGAGGCUUUAAGAAAAUUGGCAAUGCUCUUGCUACUAUCAUCUGCCUUGUUGUGGCUGACCUGCUGAGGUACUCAGUCAGCAGGAGGGGAAGCACCUCUUGGCCCUGUGUGAGAGUAGAGGUCCAUGAUCCAGUUCUGGUUUACGUGGAUAGUUAAAGGACCUGAUGACAAGACUCAGAGGAUGCUCAGUGGGGCCACAGGAGGUCAGAAGUGUGUGUAGCAGCCCACAAGCAGGAAAACAAGACUGUGGGAACACAGUUUCCCUGGGAAUACCCAAUACCUAAAUUCUCUUCUUAAUUUGACUCACAGAUAGAUAAAGACAGCUCAAAACACCUCUGAGCUCUUGUUGCAUUAUGGUAUUAAAGUUUGGCCCUGGAGUACAAAGCAGUUAGAAUGUAUUUCUACUCCCAUUCCUGACAAAUCUAGUGCUGUGAUUUGGUGGAGACCAUAAUACCUUGUAUUGGAUUUGCUUCUUAAUAUUGCAUACUCACUUUUUUAUACACAAUCUAGAACACAGAAAUAAUUGGUAUCAGUAAUACUGGAAUGUUACAUACUACUAAGAUAGAAAACAAAACAAAAGGAGCAACAGAAAGUGUCCUUCUGCUGUAACUUUUGUAGUCAGUUGCUGCCAUUCCUCUGUGUUGUACAUGAAUGCUGUUUCAUCCCUUGCUGGCUUUCCUGGAAACUUAAUACUGUCCUUAGCUUCACAGCUGAGCAAAGUUUUGGUGCCUCCACUGUUCAUGAUAUCAGAACUGAUGCUUAAUGGAGCAGUGCAUUAAUCAGAGAAAAGGUAUCAAAAUGAGACAGCAUCAGUUCAAGUUAAAAUUCACAGUUUCAAGCAGGACAAUAUGGAGACAGAAAGUUGAACAAGGGAGCUCUACCAUGCCCUGUCUCCCCUGAGAGAAGGGAUGUCUGUUCUGGUCCAGACACCCCACACUGCAGCAGUCUCAGCACUCCUUUGGUGUAACCAGGGAGCCAAGUCCACUGGCAUCAACAAGCCAGUGAUUUUGGGCUUCUGCAACAUUGGAGGGGAUUGCUCUUGAUAGAGUAGGGUGAAAAUGAGGGCAGAGUCGAGCACAAUACAUUUGCCUUGGCUGGAAGCAGAAACCAGACCUUCAGCAUUUCAUUCAAGCUGCACAGAAAAAUCCUUCUGUGCAGCCUAUUGCAAAGGCACGACACUCUCUGCAGAAAUGAGACUGGGCAUGCCUGCCAGGAGCCUUGAGGUGGAUACUCUCUCCCAUUUACCAAGGCACUGCAUCAUCUUCCAGACUGACCCGGGCUGCCGCCAGUAUUUACAGAGACACGGAGAUGCGUCAAAGCCCCCUGGCAGAGGCAGCGGAGCGCGCCGGCUGCCGCCGGGAGCUGUAGCGUGUCCCCACGGAGCCGGGGACAGGCGGGCACGGACACACACGGACACACACACAGACACACACACGGACACACGGACACACACACGGACACACACACGGACACGCACGGUGCGUGCGCGCCGCCCGACGAGGGACCCACGGACUGGAGGAGGCAAAGCUGCAGUCAGGGCAGGAGAAGUGAGGGAGAGGAAGAGGCGGGAGCAGAGGGACACGGAGGAGUGGAGAGGACAGAGGGAGAAACAGGCACCGAGACACUUCAGAGAUGGGUGAGUUAUAACUAAGAGAGCAGGAGGAAAGGCAGAGAAAGGAAGAGAAGGAGAGCCGUGGGCAAGGGAAAGGGAAAGGAGACCAGAGACUGAGUCAGCUUCCAGAGGGCAAACACCAGGAGACGAGCUCAGGGAACAUCUCAGCAUACCAAGAAGGACCUGCUCUGUCUGAAUCUUCACCAUGAGCACAAGGAAGAGCUGCCCCCUGCCACUGGGGCAAGAAGACCAGGAGGAAAAGCAGAGUGAGAGUACUCCUGACCUGGAGCGACAGGAGUGUGAGAUGGAGCUGAGGAACAAAGCUAUUCUGCAACAGAAGAGGCGCCUCAAACAGGCCACCCAGUUUGUGCACAAGGACUCUGCUGAUCUGCUACCCCUGGAUGGCUUGACAAGGCUUGGAACCUCCAAGGAUCUGCAGCCUCAUAGUGUGGUCCAGCGGCGCCUCUUGGAAGGCAACCUGAACAAACUGCGGGGCGAGGCCAGGGGUCAGUCUGCACGGGUUCAAUCUCCGCUGGCAAAAGACCAGGAUGAAAAGAUGGAAAAGGGAGAGGACAGGAGAAAAGAGACUUCACUCCUGCUAAUACAGUGCCAGUGCCAAGGUGAGGUAUUGAAAGCAACUGUUAACACUGGGUGUCUACCAAACCUCAUCUCCAAGAAGUGUUUAAACCAGCUGGGGCUGGAAGAAGUGUCUGCCAUGGAUUGUGGAGACCUCUCCCUUCCCAUCCCCAGCGUUGUUGGCAGAGUAGAACAUAUGGAAUUGCAAUUUGGCCAGGAGACAGUGCUGUGUUCAGCACUGGUUGUAGAUGAUGAAAUGCUCGAGUUUUGCAUUGGCCUCCAGACUCUGUUGUCUCUUAAGUGUUGCAUCGACUUGGAGGAAGGCGUCCUGAGAUUUAAAGCACUGAGUCAGGAGCUGCCUUUUCUACAUGCCUCUGAAGAGCCUGGUCAGUGACCGGCUGCAUUUCCCAUAUCUGGAGACUUGCUGCCACGAGAGAGAGAUGAGGGUGAGGCUCCCAUGCCCCUAACCUUGCUGAGUUCUAGGCUGAGGCAUUCAAUGGCGAGUGAGAAAAAGGCAAGCAGGUGCUGGAAGCUGUCACUGGGAGUGCCUCAACUUGAGAUAUCCCUCCUUUCAGUGGACCCUCUUGUCCUGAUGUGCCGAGUGGACAUUUUGUUCUUGUUCUGCUAUUUGGCCCUAGUCACUCCAAUUUCUGGUUCUGUAAUAAAUUUUUGUUAUCCCUUAAUGACUUUACAAUACACUCUGUUCACAAGAGACUCUCUGUGAACAAUCUCCAGUUGUUCUAUUGACAGGAGAACGGCUUUUUCUCCAAAGACCUUCAAAGAUUACCACGAACAUUUCUCUUAUUGUUGCCUCAAUGCCAGCGUACACCAGUCCUAUUUCUUUGUUGGAAGGGCUCUGUUCCCUUUGCCUGUACUCUGGGAAGCUGGAUUUUGCUGCUUUUUGCUGGCUCAGAGCAGAACAGAAGUAUUUUCUUGGGAAAACUUUGUGGCAAAAACAGUUUUAGAGUUCUCAGUUCUAAGAAACCUUUGCAGAAAUGUUGAGUGCAGAUGCCUAAAGCACUGACAGGGGCUUGGGCUUUGCCAUUACAUUCCUGGGCAUUAGGCUAUAUUAGAUGGAUGGCAAUGCUUACCAUCUCUUGGUGUUAUACCCUGUAGCCAGACUUGCACACCCCAUUCUUCUGGCCAGGCCACUCCACUCUGCACUCCAGCUGCUAGAGCUGCAUCCCUGUUCCCUCCACUGCUUCAGUGGAGAUCACUCAGUUUAAAUGCUGCCAUUAAUUACAGUACCAAGUCUUCUGCUCUGUCAGCUCCUUUCUUUCAACUUGAAAUCCAGUGGUUAAACACAGACACAUCAUCAGCCUUGAGUCCUGGCCCAUCAACUUUGCUUCUCUUGCACAAAAUGAGAACUUGUAGUAUCAGCUCAGGUUAGAGAACUGUGAACUCAUCUCAAAUGUUAAAGGUGAUUAUUAAGUCACUUAACAGUUGGGUUUAUUUAAUUUUUUUUUAAUUUCUAUAUUCAAGUAUAGCUGUAUUAAAAAUACAUAACGAAUUCUUAACUAGUUCUAGGAAAAAUCCACUAGAUCAGGGCUUCUUCCAUGCCUCAUGGCUACUGAUUCACUAUCCAAACUGCAAAAUGUACCUUUAUCCACCCUUAAAAUUCUAUGACAACCCCAUUUUGCCUAUUUUCCUAGAUUAAACACCACUGACUCUCUUAUCAAAAUGUUCAUUGUCCUUGUUGUGCUUCUCAAAAAAAAAUGUGUGCAUGCAUUUCUGUUUUUUUUUUUUUUUGGUUAGUUCUUUUCCCUACAGCUGUACACUGUAGUUUAACACAUGCUAAGGACAUCAGAGUAAAGCUUGGCUGAUAUGAUUUGGGAUUCACAUACCAGUGAUAGUUGGCGUGACUGGCAUCUGCUGCUCCUACAAGGAGCAUCAGACUUUUACUGUUAGUCAUCAUAUCUUGCAGCUGCUGAUACAUUCCUUGACUUCUCUGCCACUCUUCUACUUGUGCAUCUGACUAUUUCUGGCUGCAGGAACUGCUUUCCAUGAAUCUCUCGAGUGGCACCAACGGUUCUCUCAUUUAGUCAGGAAAGCAUGCCUACUCAAUGAGCCUGUCUUCCAAAGUAGCAGUAAUUCCUCCUGGAUUUGUAUCACUUGCAUGCCUGACUGGCUUCUCAAACCCAGGGGUCUAGGCAGCUCACACUUGUACUAAGCCAUCCUGUGUUCUAGCUGCAGUCUAUUUGGGCUAUGUCUGGGCCAAUUCUGCUGACAAAAUCUUGCUUGUGAUAGACAGAACACCUGUUUCUAUAUGCAUCAACUCACUCAGUUUCCAACUCUCAUUGCCCUCUAAAAACAGCAUGUAGAACAAGGGCAAAUAAUCUACACAUACAGAUACCACAAAUCGUAUUAACUUCUACAGUCCAUUAAAAAACCCCUCUAAACCACAACCUAAAAGCUGAUUUUAGCCCUAACCCAAACAAUAAACCCUAACAAUGAUCCUAAAUCUAAAAUUUAAGGCACUAAAUCCUAAUCCUAAAUUUAACCCUUAAAACAAACUCUAAAACUUAAUGCUGACACCUAAAUCAAAUCACCACCCUCUAACUAUAAAACUUAACAUUAAUCAUAACCCCCUAAAUUUAACACUAACAUCAAACAUCUACCAUCUGACUUUAAACCCAAAAUAAAAACCUAAAGACAUUAAUUUAUAAACCCUAAUCCCAAAACCUAACCAUAAUCCCCAACCCUAAACUUUAACCAUUAAGCUAACCCCAGCCCCUAAACCUAAAUUCCAAGGCCUAAACCUAACCUUUAUCUCUAAACCCCAAACCAUAUAACAAAACCUAACCCCUAACCCCAACUCUAAACAUAUCCUUAACCCUACACCUAACCACAACCAUCUAACCCUAUCUGAUGGCUUUUGUCAUUCCACAAGGGGCCCUGCUUCCCUCUAGAGUGCUUUUGCUGAGUUUUGCUUUGCCCUGCAAGGGGCCCUGCUGCCUGUCAGAGCAUCCCAGGGCUUUUGCCAGGCUUUGCAAAGCCCGUAUGGGGCCCUGCUUCCAUGUGGAGCACCACAGGGCUUUUGUUGGGCUUUGCUGAUGCCCAGGCAGGUCUCUGCUGCCUUCCAGUGUCUGACAACUUUUGCUGGGCUUUGCUGGUGCCCACAAGUGCAUGGGAAGGGGAGGGCCACCAACAGCUCUAAGUUCUGGCCACUUCCUUCUAGGAGCAGUGCCCGGUGUCAGUUUUGCAGCUGGGCCCUGGCUAGGGCAAGGGUGUAGGUGAGUAACAGCUUUCAGAUUGAAGCCAACAGGAAUCUUUCCAAUGAUUUAAAAAGUGUUGGAUGGGAUCCUACAGAAAACCGCCACAACUUUGAGUUGACAAUUCUGUUUUGAUUAUUGCCUGUCACUUGCAGCCCGGCAGGUACCUGCACACUAGCUGCUGCUGGAAUUCACCAGGUGCUGUUCCUACACAUCUGUCUUGGAAUAACUGCUUUUGCUCACAUUCAGAACUUCCUCCAGACUUUCUGAAGCCUUUCUGUGGUUCACAUGCCUCAUAUCCUAAACCACUAACAGUUUGGGCUCCUCCGUGAAUUAAUGUGCUGCAGUAGGUGAAAAUCUCUAGCCCUACUCCUCUCUUCUCUGCUUAAUGACUCCUUCCUAUCCUCCUUUCCUUCCACUCACACUGGUGACAAAUUUCCUUCAAAAAGGAAUUCUUUCCUUUUUAGAGAAUCCUUUUAACACUUGCCUUGUACCCUGGUUGCUGAUACACUUGCACAUUGUGCUGCAAUCUUGCCAGCCUUUUCUCUUUGUUGUAAACAACUGCAUGUACAAAUUCUCAGUCACAGAGAGGAUGUUUCCAAGAAAGCACUAAAUUAGUGUGAGUUCUUUUCUCAACUCUGAAAUCAGGGCAGAAGACAUGCCCUUCACCUUCCUCCUGUCCAUGUCAGUUAUACACACAGAUCAACUCAGUAGGAGUCUCUUUCAUCCAGACAUUGAGGAAUCUGUUGCCAACAGUUAUCUUGGAACCUCCCCAUCAAGCUUUGCUGCAGGCAAAGCUUCCAGAAAAAAACCCAUUUAUACAACUAAAUGAGAACUGCAGGUCAUGAUGCCAUGGCAGACACCUCACUUCAACCCAUUCACUGCAUCAGUCAAAUCCUACAGGGUCAGUACCUGCUUUCCUCACCAGCACAGCUCCUGGUGGCUUUUCAUCUCCCCAAGUUACAUGGCAUAAAAUGACACACUGUUACUGCACUUGACAUGUGUAUUCUGAAUUCUAGCCCAAAGACAUUUUUCUUUCUUCAAAGCAUUUUUGUGCCAUUACAUCUGAAGCACAGCCUCCACUGUGAAAGAAACAAGUCUUGGCUUUAAAACGUGAUGGUAAAAUAGGACUUACAACAUCUCAAAGAAGCAAACUCAACUCCCAUCUACCUACAUAGUAAUUUUUAAGUCUUCCAACACUGGGGAGCACAGUACGUUUUUGAGUGGGCUGGCAAGGCUGAAGGCUGUCUUCAUUGUAGUUUCUCUUGGAAAAGCUUAUUAUAAAGCUACACUUCCCUACUCCCAAAUCCAGUCAUCUCUAUUGCUUUUGGGGGAUAAAGGGAACACAGGAAUAAUCUAAAGGUCUUUUUCACUGAAGAUCAGAAAUUCCUAAUACUUUCAUACAGAAAGCAGAAGUUCAGUACUAACUGCCAGCUCAGAGAAGGAUAUAGGCACAUCCUGUAUGUGUCCAAUCCUGGCUUCCUCAUUAUGAGGCCUGUCCCAUGUAAAAAUAAGGAUUAUUAUUUUAGGGAUAAUCUCUUUGAACCACCUUGGUGGCCAGUGCCUAUCAGGGCUGUUUUCUAAUAGAGUGGGGGCAGCAGUUGUGGAAAAGUCUGCAGGGAAACACCUGCCAUAGCAAGUCUCUGGAACAGUGUGCAAUACACCCAGGGAUAUGGAGAAGGACUUCUGUCCUUCCUGAGAACAUGCACUCUGCCAAAGCCAUAAUCAGGACCACUUCCAGGAGCUUGGGGUCACUUGGUUUUCAACAGAAUGGGAGCUGCAGCCAUCCAUAUUCCCAGAGGCUUGCUCCUUCUUUCACUUACAGCAGGCGAGCUAUGGCAUUGAAGACCAUUGAGCCUAAUACCUGUGAUGUCUGCAUCCAAUCCUCCUCUCAAGAGACUCCACUGGCACAUGCCAGGAUACACAUGAAGAGUUAUAGAAAUAUCUAGAUUAUAGCAGAAAGUUCAUAAAAACAAGGGCAGGGAUGGAGAGCAGGUUUAUUAUGUCUCAGGAAAAUAAGGCAACCGUCUCCUUUUAUUUUUUUGCUAGUAAAUUGAGCAUCAGAACCAAAGCCAUGAAUCAUUUAUCUGCAAAUACCCCCAGUGCCUGAGAAUACUGUCAGACUCCUCACUUGCUGUGUGCUGGCACUGGGACAUACAAAGGUGUCCUGCAAAUGCUGCCCUGUUGAAAAGUUUCCCAGCACCAGCAGGUUAUGCCAAUCUGAUUGAGUAGGAUACAGCAAACAACAUUUUCUGCUGUGUGGGAAGGAACCCCUUCUAAGUCCAACUCUGCGGCUUCUAUUAGCUGGCAAGGACAAACAUACAAUUAGUUACAAAGAAAGCAUAAUGUAACUCCAUCACUCCAGAAACAGAGCCUUAAGUGGCUUCUCUUCCUAAGAUGGACACUUCACAGAAAAACUGUUGCCAAUGGAAGUAGACUGAAUAACAAACUUCUGGAAGUAUUUGGCACUUGGAGCUCAAGGCAGGAAAAAAUAAGGAAAGCCAUCUUUUGGCCAAGGAAUGGUACAGAUGGUUCAGUUAAUUCUUCUGUAGACACUUUUCAUUUUCUCUUGUGCACAAGGGGCACAGGAGCAAAAUGCAUCUGCAAGUUAUUAUGUGCUGCACACAAUAUAAAACUGUCAGGGGAAGCCCUUGAAUGUUAGUAUUUUUCCUCUCCAAUGGUUUUUAAGAGCUGAAAAGUUUUGGGGAACAGAUGUUUUUGUAGUGUCUGUAUUUUCUCACCUCUGCUUUUCAUAGUGUGCAUUGCCUGGGCUUGCACAGCACGCAGCAAUGUUAUCCUCAGGCCAGCAAAAGAGGGUUGGGGUGCACAAAUGGCCCUGCCCAACAUUUGCAAUACUUUUACCCCAUUUUCUUUUAAAGAUGGUUCUUAGAAAAAGUAUCAUCUCUCCCUCAGUAACCCUUUCCCAUUCUUUCUCAAAAAUUAAUAGUCCAACAGUAGACCAGUUUGACCUUCCUUUCUUGGAAAUCAUUCAAUCUGUACAGCAAAGUUUGUUUUGUACAAAACAGUUCCCGCCAUAUGCACCCAUUUGUACACCCCUUGCGCUUGUGUUGCUAAUAAAGGUUUAUAUUUGGUGUUGCUAAUAAAGGUUUAUAUUUGGCAUGGA